AUGACCAUCGUAAAUCCCCCUGCAAAAGUCCUUGUCACUGGCGCUAACGGCUAUAUCGCUGUAUGGAUCUGCCGUAUUCUGUUAGAGAAGGGAUAUUCCGUGCGAGGCACUGUACGCACGCCGUCGAAGGGGGACUAUCUGAAGAAAUUGUUCGAAAAGGAGGGGGAGAGGUUCGAGUAUGUGCUCGUGGAGGACAUCACCGCGGAAGGUGCCUUUGACGAAGCUGUGAAAGGUGUGCAGGGGGUGCUGCAUACUGCCAGCCCCGUGGCAAUGGCCAUCAAGCAUCCGGACGAGCUCAUCAAGCCCGCGGUGCAAGGCACACUCUCCGUACUGACGAGCGUGGACAAGUAUGGGACUGAAGUGGGGAGAGUGGUCAUCACGAGCUCUUGUGCAGCCAUCCUAGAACCACACGAAGGGGGCUAUGUCUAUACCGAGAAAGAUUGGAACGACUUCUCGCUCCACGAGGUGGAACAGAAAUCGGAAAAGGCCGCGCCCAUCCACCAGUACCGGACGAGCAAGACGCUCGCCGAGCAGAAUGCGUGGAGGUUUGAGAAGGAAAAAACGGGGAAAUGGGAUUUGGUUACUAUUCUACCGCCGUAUGUCUUUGGGCCUUUGCUUCAGGAGACGGCUGGGAAGGACUCGCUCAACUUCUCUGCGCAGCUGAUAUACGAUGCCGUUGUUACGCCUAAGACGGGCGAGGCGCUCUAUAGCUAUGCUGGCAAAUUGGAGGAGGCAGGAGGGGAGAGGAUCAUCGUUUCCGCCGGAUAUUUCGCAUGGCAAGAUUUGUACGAUGCGCUCUCGUCCCCCUCGCUCGAUCCCCCAUUCCCGGACGCGCCCAAAGGCAGCAGCGAACGCGGGGCCCCGCUGAUCUACUCCGGCGAUCUAUGCAACAAAUUGUUCGGGAUUGGGUUCAGGGGCUUACGAGAGUCAGCGAGAGAUACGGUGUUCAGUGUUCGAGAGAGACACUAG